AUGACCUCUCAGAAUUAAUAUCCGACCAUACCUUUCCUAUAUAUUUAGGACAUGGCUGACCCAAAUACUCCAGCCAAUAACUUGCGCCAAAUGAUAGAAGACCAACCCGCACCGACCCAGUUGAUCACCCUUGACUUUCCUCCUCCUCCACCUUCUCCUACACUACCCCAACCUCCUCAGCCUCCUCCUCCUCCACCAUCACAUUCUCUUGCUCUUCUUCCUCUUGUAAUACCACCCACUUCUGAAGCUACAGUAGUACAGCAGCUACAGCUUGAAACACCAAAGGAGGCAACAGCACAGCAGGGAAAGAGUACUCCCAUGGCCUCGAGCUCUUCCGGUAAGCACCCCAGGUACCGGGGAAUCCGCUGCCGGGGAGAGAAAUGGGUGUCGGAAAUCCGAGAGCCGCGCAAGACCAAGCGAAUAUGGCUCGGCACUUUCCCAACUCCGGAGAUGGCUGCAGCCGCCUAUGACGUGGCGGCGCUGGCUCUGAAACGCGAGGAUGCUAUUCUCAACUUUCCUGGUUCCAUCAAGUCGUAUCCAGUCCCGGCAUCCAUGUCUGCCCUGGAUAUACGUGCUGCGGCGACUGCUGCAGCUACUGCAGCAGCAGCCGAGACAACACUGAAGACGAGUGGCUCUAGGGAGAGUACUCCGAGUAGUGUUGGACAACAACAGAAAGAGUAUGAUGAUAUGCUGAGUAUUAAUAGCAGUGCUUUGGCGUCGUCUGUGGGAGCAGACUUUAUGGACGAGGAAGAGAUUUUUGGGAUGCCGAAUUUGCUGGUGGACAUGGCUGAAGGAAUGCUGGUUUCUCCGCCAAGAAUAAACUCGCCGCCUUCUGAUUAUGACUCGCCGGAGUAUUCCGACGGAGGAGAGAGUCUUUGGAACUACGAUUGAUCGAUCUUGUACGUUCGAAUUCCUUAGGUUAUCACUCGGAAAUAAAGAUGACUUUAUGAAAGCACAGAAAACAAAAAUUACAGUGCAUGUAAAUAACAACACAAUGAACAUGGGGGUUUUUCAAACUGACCGAGGCAGUGAAUUCUUCUUCUUCUUUUUGCGAGUGGCAGUAGCUAGGUGUUUCUGUGUUGUUCUUCCUUUAGUUUUCUUCUUCUUUCCUUUUCUUAUAUUUUGAAUUAAGAUUGUGCGGUUUUUUAAUUUCUUUGGGUUAUUGUCAACCAUGACAUUUGCUACAGGAAGCUUUUUACAGUGACUCUAAUAGGGACAGAGAGAAGUUUCAUGAUAAA